UCGGUCGGUGCGGAGCCGUGCACUGGGGCAAGCGCGGAGCCUGAGCAUCCUUUAGCCGCACCCUGUGGGGGGGAGAUCGGGGACCCCCCACCCAACCCUCGCUCCCGACCUGGUAUCUGGGCAGUUUCGUUGCAGGUUCAGCGUUGAUUUCUAAGGUGGCAGCCUUUCUCCUGCAGUCCCGAUCCCCUUCCUCGCGCGCGCGGCCCGGCUGCCGGAUGAAGCCGGGGCUGGGCUGGGUCCAGCCGCAGGGACGGCGCGCGCCCGGGCCAUGGUGCGGCUGAGCCCCGCGCUCGGGUGAGACGGGAGCCCCGGCGGGCGUCUUCCCCAGGAGCCGCGAUGUUCAGCUGGCUGGGUAGCGACGAUCGCCGGAGGAAGGACCCCGAGGUCUUCCAGACGGUCAGCGAGGGGCUGAAGAAACUCUACAAGAGCAAGCUGCUGCCCCUGGAAGAGCAUUACCGCUUCCACGAGUUCCACUCGCCGGCCCUGGAGGAUGCCGAUUUCGACAACAAGCCCAUGGUCCUGCUGGUGGGCCAGUACUCCACCGGGAAGACCACCUUCAUCAGGUACCUGCUGGAACAGGAUUUCCCGGGCAUGAGGAUUGGGCCUGAGCCAACCACUGACUCCUUCAUUGCGGUGAUGCAAGGGGAUGUGGAGGGGAUCAUACCUGGGAAUGCCCUGGUAGUGGAUCCCAAGAAACCCUUCAGGAAACUCAAUGCCUUUGGCAAUGCCUUCUUGAACAGGUUUGUGUGUGCCCAGCUGCCCAAUGCUGUGCUGGAGAGCAUCAGUGUCAUUGAUACACCUGGAAUCCUCUCUGGGGAGAAGCAGAGGAUCAGCCGAGGGUAUGACUUUGCAGCCGUCCUAGAGUGGUUUGCGGAGCGGGUAGACCGCAUUAUCCUACUUUUCGACGCCCACAAGCUGGACAUCUCUGACGAAUUUUCAGAGGUUAUCAAGGCCCUCAAGAACCACGAGGACAAGAUGCGGGUGGUGCUGAACAAGGCUGACCAGAUUGAAACACAGCAGCUGAUGAGGGUGUAUGGGGCCCUCAUGUGGUCCCUGGGGAAGAUUGUGAACACCCCAGAAGUGAUCAGGGUCUAUAUCGGUUCCUUCUGGUCCCACCCCCUCCUCAUCCCUGACAACCGGAAGCUCUUUGAGGCUGAGGAACAGGACCUGUUCAGAGACAUCCAGAGUCUGCCCCGAAAUGCAGCCUUGCGCAAGCUCAAUGACCUCAUCAAGAGAGCCAGGCUGGCCAAGGUCCAUGCCUACAUCAUCAGCUCUCUGAAGAAGGAAAUGCCCUCAGUGUUUGGGAAGGACAACAAGAAGAAGGAGCUGGUGAACAACCUGGCAGAUAUCUAUGGCCGGAUCGAGCGGGAACACCAGAUCUCUCCUGGGGACUUCCCCAACCUGAAGCGGAUGCAGGACCAGCUGCAAGCUCAAGACUUUAGCAAAUUUCAGCCAUUGAAGAGCAAGCUACUAGAGGUGGUAGAUGACAUGCUGGCGCAUGAUAUCGCCCAGCUCAUGGUGCUGGUGCGCCAGGAGGAGACCCAGCGGCCAGUCCAGAUGGUGAAGGGUGGAGCAUUCGAGGGUACCCUGCACGGCCCUUUUGGGCAUGGCUAUGGAGAGGGAGCUGGCGAGGGCAUUGACGACGCUGAGUGGGUGGUAGCCCGCGACAAGCCCAUGUAUGACGAGAUCUUCUACACCCUGUCCCCUGUGGAUGGCAAGAUCACAGGCGCUAAUGCCAAGAAGGAGAUGGUGCGCUCCAAACUGCCCAACAGUGUUCUGGGCAAGAUCUGGAAGCUGGCCGACAUCGACAAGGACGGCAUGUUGGAUGAUGAAGAAUUCGCCCUGGCCAACCACCUCAUCAAGGUCAAGCUGGAGGGGCAUGAGCUGCCCAACGAGUUGCCCGCUCACCUUCUGCCUCCAUCCAAGAGGAAAGUGGCUGAGUGAUGGGGGCUGCAGACAGAAGGAGACUGGCGUGGUGACCGCGUGUGCCCACACAUGUACACACACACACACACACACACACACACACACACCCUUGACAGUUACACCGUAGCUGAGAAUGGACAGCGAUCCCCAUAUUUUCCGGCUGCACCUUGUUUGGACAGCUCUCUUGAGUGCUCAGGAUUGGUAGAAAGACAGCAGUAACCCCACAGUCCUGAGGCCAUUCACUGGCUGAUAAAUGGCCCACCCAGCCCCGCAAUGUCCCCACGCCUGAGCUCUGAGCUUUUCAUUUCAAAGGCAAUUUACUUUCUUUACUGUGCUUGUAUUUUUCCCUUUUUGGCUUCCUAAUAAGAAAUCUACUCAGGGGCUGGGAGAUGUGAGGGAAGGGGCAGCUGUGGGAAGGAGGGUUGAGCUGAGGAGCAUCUUCCAGGGCCCUGGGUCCCAGACCUGAGGAGCCAUUGGCCAGUGUUCUGUGCUCUCUCCAAACCUAAGGCUGUGUCUUCCUCAGUAAGCCUGGCUUUGAGCUCUGCCUGCACUUCAUUUUAAAGAAUUCCAGAGGGGAAAGAGAAGAGAUAAACUUGGUAGGAAAAAGCAAGGAAGCCACACUGUGGUCUUCUUGAAACACAUGGUGAUUUCUGGACCAUGAGUUUUGUCUGGGUUCAUGUUCCUCCUGGGCUGUGAUAUUUGGAAGGUCAUACUUGACUCACAUGUACUCAGGCCCUCCGGUGUGCCAGGAGCUGUAUUAGGUACUUUAUAGACAUUAUCCUUCAAUAAAGCUCCAGGUAUUGCCCACCCAUCUCCUAGCAUAUAAAGAACCUACGAUGCAGAAGAGUUUGGGUGGUCUUCAAAAUGCACACCAGAAUGCACAAGAAUUGGGAACCAGGGCCUCAGACCUGCAGACUGCCCCCGUGCCGUGAUAUGUGCAGGACCCCAGCAUUGCUUCCCUGUAAUGAGCCACAGAGAACAAGCUGAGCACGUAUUCUCCCUCUUAGCCUCUGAGAGCAGGCAGGUGAAGGAGAAGGGCCCGCUAACAUUUGGUGGGCAAUCAGUUUGCCCAUCUGUCACCUCCAAGAAGUAAACUGUGCCUUCUGGCUCUGCACCUCAUAUUCUUAGCAUCACAGGAGUCCAACAUGCCAGCAGGAGAGUGGGCUGUCCUGCUGGGUGCUGUUUGUGCCAGUCCCUUCUUGGCCUCCCACUCAUCAUUAGCUUGAACCAGCCCAGCUCGAACGCAGCCACUGGCUCUCAUCAAAUAGUAACUGUGCUCAUUGUCAGAAGGCUAACUUGAGAAGUUUGUGUUGCAGUUCCCUCCAGGGUCUUGGGGACUGCUGUGUCCUUGGUGAAAUUCCCACCAUACUCAAUGCCCUAUGCCUCCUUCGUGGCCUUUCCCUUGGCUUGCUUUGUGGCCACUGAUAAAGUGACUUUGUCUGCUAUGCACCUACCAGGAUGGAAAACAAAACAAAUAUAACUUAUUUUAUAUCUAUGUUCAGAUUAUAUAGAAAAUAUUCUAUGUAUCUAUGAGGUGGUUACUACUGCAGUGUGUUUGUCAUUAGUAUCCAUGGUAAUACAGCACAUUUAUCCUUUAGUA